UUUAUCUUUUUUCGAUUCCAUAUUGAUUGACAUACAGGGACUGAGUGAUGCGACAAUAGGAACACAGAGUUGUGAGGCAGCCACAUCGUCUGGUGAACUGUUUUUCCCAGUGAGGCCAGGGAAGGAGGAGCAGCUCUGUCAUGGAAAGCUAAAGAAGAAGCUCAGCACCGCCUUUGUGGAGGACAGCAGCUGUCGACGCUACAGUGCAGAUCCUGCUGCAUUCCUGAAAGAAAGAACACAGAGGAGAAGUGUUGAUGAGGACCGUUGUGUGGCUGCCAGGAAUGACAAGAGUUCCUCAGACCCUAUUGAGGAGAAUCCUUUCAUCACACAUCAAAAAAACAGAGAGAUUCAUGCACUGGAUAACCCAGGUUACCAUGGCAACCAUGAUGGACAGCUCAAGAUUGAGAAUGAGAACAUUAACGCUCCUCUAGACCACAACGCAGAUGAGAUGAUCCAGGAGACACUGAAGAAAAGUGGGGUUUCGCUUCCUCUACUGUCCAGGGCAACAAGCAGGACUACAAACAGCCACAUCAACCUCAGCACUCAAACAGAGAGACCCCAUGUUCAUUUUACACUUCCAGCAGUUCAGCCUCCUCAAAGUGGACCGGUGAGUCAAAAUGGCCACCAUCUCCUUUCAGGUCACGGUCUAUGUAUUGAUCAUCCCAGUAAGUGUGUCCUUCCUUCAGUAACAGGACAAAUAUGUCACAUCAGCCACCAAAUCCAGCCUGGUUCUCCUGGUCCUGCUCGCAUCUCACACCAACAUGAUGGUGUUAAAAGUAGCACCACUGUUCUACCGGGCCAUGCGGUCCAUCAAAGCAGCACAACACAAACAGGUCAUGCAGGAACAAGCAAGAAGUCCUUUCGCACAAACAAUCCAGAGAAGCAGCAUCACAGCCUUCCAUCCAACAUUCCACAGCAUCCUCCAGAUCCCUCGCUGGUCUGCAGGAACACUUUCAUCUACAAGCAGAACACCCGUGAGAACCCAUCAGAGUCCAGCAUGAAGCCGGGAACAUUUCUGCCUCCUCCACCAUACAGGCAUAGAAACACUGUAGUGUAACAUCUACAAUCAUUCAUGUUCCUCAGAGACUGCUUCUUGUACCAGCACGUAAAAAAAAAACUCUGGAACUCACCUGAAGAUAUAGCGGAUUCCUCAACAUCAUCCCAUAAGAAGAUCCCGCAUACCGUACAUGUAUAUGUAUAAAUAUCCAAACGAGUGCGAGAACAAACUCUACAUUUCAGACUUUUGUACCUCUCCUUCAUCCUGUGUGUGGGUAACAUUAAAACUUUGUAAA